AUGGCAGCAGCACGGCAAGAAGCAGGCCAGCCAGGUGCGCAAAUCGACUUGACGCGUCUCAGUAUCGAACAACUGCAAGAAGUCCGCAAACAGCUCGAUGCAGAACUCGAUCACCUUGCAACGAGUUUUGCUCAGUUGCGCAGUGCGCGUGGUAAGUUCCAAGGGUGUGCGGAGUCUGUGAUGGAGAGCUUCCAGGUGGAUGGCGAGGGGAAGCGGCAGGUGUCAGUCAAGGCGGUGAAGAAGGAGGUGUUGGUGCCAUUGACGAGUAGCUUGUAUGUACCUGGAGAGGAGGAAGAGGCACAAGUCACGGUGGAUAUCGGGACGGGCUACUACUUGAGCAAGUCCCCGGCAGAGGCAUUGGCUUUCUACAAGGACAAGCGACAGGCCCUUGAUCGCAACCUGCAAGAGCUCGAGAGCAUCAUUGGCAGCAAAGCACAGAACCUCAAAGUGGUCACAGAGGUCUAUGCGGAAAAGAUGCGACAAGCACAGCAACGGCCGCAGAGUGAACAAUGA